GCUCUCACUGUCGGCGGAACAAUGUAGUUCGCCGCCGCUGCGCGACAGCCUAAUGCUCUUUUUGGCCUAGGGCUCCUCGCCGACGCGUAUCCGACUGCUGCGGACCAAUGUCAUCGAAGAAGGCUGGUGCGAGACGAGGGAAAUAUAUAUAUUUCGAAGAGGAAACCGACAUCGACAAUCGCAUUUUAGAGACACUAUUUUUUCACACUUCUUCUAAACGAUGCCUUUCGUAGCUGGAAACAAAUAAUCAAUAAUUUACCAGAGCAAUAAUAAUAACUUUUUACGUGUGUAGUCGAAAGCACUUUUUUCUCUCUCGCAUUCCUUUGACAAUCAUAUUUACACACGAAUAUAUAUAUAUAAAUAUAUGUACAUAUAUAUUUAACUCUGGAACACUUUUUAGAAUCGCCACUGAAUUAUUUUGCUGCAAACGUUUUUUCCUGUUCCGACACGGAUGACCAAUAUUUGAGUUAACUGACGUAGGAAUAUUCUAAACGAACACGGAGAGCCGCAUUUUUUCUCAGCUCCUGCAAUACAGAAAAGAAAGCAAUACAAUUUCUACUCUUCGUUACUAUUUAGGAACUCUUUCACGGUGCUACUACUUUCGAGACGGGACGAAGAAGACUGUUUGCGGAAGGACGGACGAAUAAUAGUUGUCCGCAGUUUUGUCGGCCACAAAUUGCACAAAAGGAGGCGGAUAAACGGAUUUUUUGUACUGGACGAGCAACGAACGUAUACGGUGUGUGGUCUACACGGAUUCGUCCAAUUUGCUGUGAACGUGAGGCGUAGAGAGGCGAGAGAGACAAAGUGCUGUCGGGAGAAGUGGAGGAAGGUGUUCCGGCAGUAUCCGGUGGCCCAUGUUGUGCGUCGUUAUGGCCAGCAUGAACCGCACCGAGCAGGAGCUGUUGUACCGGCGAUCGCGCGAGGUGGUCGUGCCGUGCCAGAAGCACGAGGACGUGGUGCUGAGCGUGCUCAAGUCGCCGCUGAUCGCCUCCAACCACCGGCCGGCACCCGCGCCUCCGCCCCCGACGGCGACAACCACGCUCUUCCCGCCGGACGCCGGGGGCGGCGGGGGCGGCAGCAGCGGCGCCCAGUCGGGGGCUUCCGGGGCAGAGGACUGCGACGACGAGGAGCACGCGCGCCUCAGACCGCCCACCAGCGGCGAAGAGACGGACGCGGAGGCGGCGCCGGGGGCGGCGGCCGCGGGGGCGUCCGGCUACGACGACGAGCGGGGCCGCUUCGCCUUCUUCGAGCAGCAGCUGCGCCGCUUCCGGUCGCCGCGCUUCGGCGAGGCGCACCACAAGCGCGUGCCGACGCCCAUCAAGCGGAGGCGGCGCAGCGCCGGCCGCGACGGCGGCGACGGGGGCGGAGCGGCUGCGUGCGGAGGUGGAGGCGGCGCGGGCGCCGUGGGCGGCGGCGAGAGGCGGCACCGGCCCAAGCCGCGGCCGCCGCCGCCCCUCGACGUCGACGAUGACGUGCUCGGCGACGACGAAGACCUGGAGGAGGUGGCCGGCGACGGCGUCGUCGCGCAAGAGGGCGGCGGGCGCGGCGGGCCGCCCGGCGUGCCGGACCCCUACUACCCCAUCUACCUGCCCAUAGACCAGGCCUUCAAGGCCAAGUACGUGUUCCACCACAAGAAGGGCAAGACCUUCCAGGAGCGCGUCUACGUUUUCCUCGAGCACCCCGGCGGCUGGCUGUGCUUCGUUUACCACUUCACUGUGUGAGUAAGCCUCUGCACCGCAGGAUGCCCGCUC